ACACCCCACAGAAAUCAAUUGAGAGGCACUCAGUACAGGAGGAGGUGUUUGUGGGGCAGCCCAUAAACCCAGCAUGCUGUGGGUGCCAGGAGUUUAAGCAGGUUCACAAGCGAUGAGGCAGCCUGUGGGAGAGAAACUUGCCAUGCAGCUUAGCAGUCAGUGCAGGUCAGUUUCAAACUUAAUAUCCACAAACUACAGCAAGUACCGAUCAAGAAUUCUUUCUGAGAACUAACUGCAGGUAGAGAUUUUCUCCAUGAGGAUAAGCAUAAGCCUAAGAAGUGAUCCGUUUGUAGGUUGCCUAGAGAAGCGAGACUGUGAGCUGACCUUUGCAACAUGAAUCUUGUGCCUUAGCUUUUUAGGAAACUUCAGAAAAAAGAACAUCUGUUUCCAAGAUGCCCCUAUUCAAUCUAUGCUAGUUACACCUGGACUUGUUAACCAGACACAGGCUAAAAGCAUCACGCAUGCACCUAAUGCUGCGUAGGAGUGGUGUUCCAGCAAAAUUCUUCAGGAGUUUGAAGGAUUAGAACCUCCAUUUGUGGACUUCCAGUGCUGAAAGUCCAGAUCUGUUUGUAGAUAAAGAAGGAGAACUAACCACACGUUACUUGUUUUGUGGGACUCUUACUUAUCUCUGUGACUUGUUAAAGACUGACCUUUUAGAACUCAGUUCUUCAAAGGCCUUCAGUAAUUGUUAUAUGGAGGAUAUAAGCCAUAAGGUAGUGUUUACAGAAGUUUUAUUAUAGCUUGUGCUGCUAUAAACUGCGAUUAGUGUCAGAUGUUUUGUUUUUUGAGAUCACAACUGUGAAAGGAAAACAAAAAUAUCAGUAAACCAAAAACAGAUUUAUUACUUUGCAUAUUCCUCACGUAAGAAUAACUUUAUGGAAAAAAAUAUUCAGUGUAGUUAAAGAACUUCCUUCUCAUUUUCAGAUACAUUGAAUCAUUACUUGUGAACAUUAUGAAGGUUCUUCCUUGCACUGACAAUGUGUGAGCUCUCAUGUUAAGAUUAAAAUAGCCAGUAGGAAAAACUAGUAUUGAUUAUAACUGUUAUAAAUUUAGCAUGUUAAUAGUUAAGAGUUUAAUGCCUACAUAUUUAUAGCUAACAUAUACAGUUACCCUUUCUGUAAUGGCAUGAUGAAUGCAUUGUGCAGCACACAUGUCUUACUGAUAGGUUGUAAACACUUAACUCACUUUUGCAGUUACUGCUGGAUAUGUUUGCAACAUAUCAAGGUGUUAGAAUGGAGAUAAGCUGUGGCAAAAGCACAUUGACAUUUGUUGCAGUGGAUGUUGUCUAACUAUUUCUAUAGAAUCGUUUUCAGUAGCUUUUAAAGACCAACAUGCUUAGCACAGGUACAGCACAAAAGAAGGAGGGUUUGCUUACAGCCUGUUGUAAGAAAGUUCUGCUUUCUGGUAUGUAUGGAGGGAUAUCUGUGAGUUGAAGGGCUCAGUGAGUGCACAGAAGGCAAAAUCUGUGCUGCAGUGUUUCUGUUGUUGGAUAUGGCUUGAUGGCAUUACAGGUGAAGCUCUUACAGCAUUACCUAAGCAAGAUAAUGCCUUAAUUCAUCCAUAAGGGGAAGUAGGAAUAAGUUUAGGUCUGUGUAUGCAUUUGAUGCGUAUGUAGAACACGUGUUUGGUGCAUGAUAUGGGCUUUCUGUCCCCUUAGUGCACUGCUGCUCUUAAUCCGAAGAUGUUUUGUUGAGUUGUGCAGAUGUGCUUUAAUUUAACUGAAAGAUGAAACAAGUGGAAAGUACAGAACUAUUGAAUUAAAUUCAGCGUGACAUAUCAGUUUUUAAAAGCAAAAUAAGUCAAUUCUCUUGCCAAAAGCAUUCCAAAUUUGUAACAGCGUCUUACGAAAUUUAUCUAAAUUAAAAAUAAUUCCACAGUUGAAAAAAGGGGAGGAUAGGAGGCAAAUACUUUAAAGCUGCUGAAAUCUUUCCUGCAGGAUUUGAAAUCCACACGUUGUGAUGUUAAAAACGUGAAAGCAAAACUUGAGCAUAAAAUUGAAACCAAAUGUAAACAAAAGUGAAACUGACUCCACUGGUUUUCAUUUCCAAGUUGGCAAAAAUGAAAGAAUAAACGCAGAGCGAGGAAGCAUGCGAGCUGGACUUCAUAAAAUUUAAUUCCAUGUUGUUAUUUACUUCAUCUGUUGGUAAAUUUGACUUCUACAAGACAACACUCUUUUAACUGAAUAAAGGAAAGGAUUAAGAGCUUUUCCCACUGGUUUUCCAGUUAAUGCUUUUCCUAUCUGGUUCUCCCUGUGAUAACCCUGAGGUGCUCAACUUGGCCCUGUUCUUGUGGGGAAGUCAUGUUUGGAAACAUUGUAGUAAUACUGGCAUUGGGACACCUGGAAAACUUGAAUGUGUAUCCUUCUCAUAUGUGGAGACACAUCUUCAUGGACUGUAUUGAACAAAGUGUUGAUUGGGUAUUGAGGAGGUGUAUGAGUGCAAAAUGAAGGACUUCAGUUGCAGAGAUUGAAUUCUCACACACUUGGUGAGUGUUAUGUUUGAGUGUAUCAGAACUUUGUUCUGGAGAUUCAGGAUUUGUGAGGGAAGCUGCUGAAGACUGACUUUGUUUAGCUUAAUGUUGUUUAUCUGGCUCGGAAUAGCAAUGAAGAUGAGUUCAGUGGUCUCACUCUAGCUCUGCGGUAUUUUAGGAAGCCUCCAAGAUAGAAAUAGCUGCUGCAGAUCAGGAAUUGGGGCUGUCUCAUUGCUGUUAGUCUGUGAUUGACACAAACAUUAGAGGAAGAACAUAUUUUGUAAGCAAUCCCUUUAACCAUUCAUAUCUCAACAUGAAUGAGUAAAGAAGUUCCUGUAUGUCCUGUGGUGGUGGAAAGAGUAACAUUUCUAUACCAAGUAGGAUUACAACAUACUGUUUCAGCACGUGUCUUUACUAAGCCUUUAUUAUUUAGUACUCUUGAAAUGGAGACCUUUAAAGUUUACAUACAAGAAAGAGACGUUUCUCUCUUAAAUUCACCAGUGUCUGCCAGUAUCUCUAGAAUAACUAACUCGAUUUAAGUUAUUUUUUGUGCUCACACAUCUGCUUCUUUCACGGUGCUAUUUUUGUAAGCAUAAAUAAGUGCAUGUGACAGACAUGUUUCCAGCUUGCCGUGUGGAUGAUUCAGAGUAUCCCAGCCCCUAAGUCUGUGCCUUCUGUGGUCUGUCCUUAAAGCAAGAGUGCUAAGUAAGUGGCAGAAGUGUGUUUUACUAAUCCAAAAUAGCAUAUAUUUCUCUUUAAUAAUUGAAUCAUCUUAGCCAGACGUUUGGGAGUCGUCCCUUCUGUUGGAAGUGAGGGAUAAACUGCUUUCACAAGAGGGCUGGCUUUGGUGCUCGGUGAGAAGUUAGGCAGGAAUGGUUUCUGACUUCUGUUCUUGGUUCUGGAUGCUGUGCUGGCGAUUAGAAGUCAGGGUAGCAAAAAGAAGGUGUGAGUUAGCUAUUAACUUUGGUGGUAGAGGCUGCCUUUGCCCAGACAAUAAAGCGAAAGCUUUAAGCAAAUAUUAAAUCGUACUUUAGUGUAGUGUGCAAAUAGUUUUUGCUGUGUGUUGCAGAACAGUAUGUUACACAAACAAGGCUAGCUGUGGGAAACGAGUCAAAUCUGAGCAAGGUGGAUUACAUCAGGUUCAGGUCAUGGCCAGUAAAUGUGAAAACUCUUCCUUGAUCGCAUUUCUUGGCGUUAGCUGUCUGAAAUAAUUUUUCUGCCUCUCUGAGUGCCUUUAAAACAUAACCAUCUUUUCUGGAGACUUGCCCGAUCCUCACAAGCUACCAGUGUGGGAACACUGAGAUUAAGGACUUCUGGUUUACAACGGCUGCUUUUCUUACUUGUGGUGUCCUAUAAAGCCCUGACCGUGUUAUUUAGUCAGAGAAGCGACAGGACACAGGAUGAAGACUGCAGGCUUUGAAAAAGAUGUUUACAGUGUAUAAUCCCCAUCUUUUAGGUACUUGCAUGUAUGAUUUUGUGUUGCUUUUAUAAAGACCAGUGUAGGAAAUGUGUGCUCGGCAGAUGUUUUAGGGAUGUUUCCUGUAAGCCUACUCACAGGGCAUUGAGUCUAACAGAGCCAGGGAGGGACUUUAAAAAAUGCUGCUGAGCUGCAUUAGUAUGAUAAAAGAAGCGAUUCUUGAUAAUUAUUUGAGCCUCAACAGCCUUGUAUUUUCAUCAGCCUGGAAAAUUCCUUAUGAAUCAGCUGUCAAAUGCUGAGUUUUCCUGACAGAUUUAAGAAUGUGAAGGGUUUGGCCGCAGUGGAGCCACAUCAGCUAUUGUAUGUGGGUGUUCGAGAGUGAAUUUGUGUGUGAGCAGUUAAUUCCAGAUUAGAAUUGAUUUAUUUGGGGAUAACUGCUCCCCGAUGCAAGGAAUUAAUUGUUGCCUGACAACCACGCCUGUGAUUUUUCCUGUUGUAAACAAGCCCUUUCUAAACUUGUCUGAGUGAAGGACUGAUCUACUACUGAAAAAAUGACCACUUGGUCUUCUGGCAGCUUUUAGGGGAAAAAUCCUGACAUAUCCCAGGUGCUGAUAACAAAUCUUGAGCAAUCACCAGGCAUAAAACAAAGCUUAAGGAGUAAAUAAAUCAGGUAGAAUUUUGGCUGUAUUUCAGACUUCUAGAGAAGGUGGCAGGGAGAGAAUUGUAUGUAAUCACAUGCCGUUGGCUGCCGUCUGUGUGGACAUGCUGUCAUCCUGACCACAUCUGAAGUUGGCAUCUCCGUCCUGAGUCAGGGUGAGACCUGGGAAACAAAAGAGAGAAAAGUAGGAAACAGAGUAUUCCUUUAAAGUGAAGCAGUGGCUUUGUGUGCUCACCAGACUUGGGGACAUUUGUGGGUGUACAAAUGAUAGAUUAUUUUGGUGGCACAGAUACUGCAGGGAUGAUCUUUAAAAAUCUAUUUGUUAGAAGCCUGGGCCAAGUUCCCAGCUGAUGCAAGUCACUGUGUUGCCAAAGAAGCGAAUGGGCUCAGCAGCACAUAUUCAUAUCUUAUGUUGUGUUUGUAUUCAGCAUAGGAGCCAGUAAAAUGGAAACCUUGUUGUAGGUGCUGAGAAGCUGAAGCACUGUUUUAUAGCAGCUCAGUGCAGAAGCACGUCAGGCACCUGGUUCUGUUGUGUUAAGAUUUCUCUGCUUUUCUUUGGUGCAGUUCUAGUCUGCAAAUCCAAGGGCUACCUUUAACAAUGCCUGAAAUCACUACAAAACAACAACUCACGUCUUUGCUGCUGAGGGAAAAUAAGCUUUGCAUGGAAACCAAAGGAAAGAGUCUGUUUUGAUGUGUAAUGUCUGAAUCCCAGCCAGGACAUGUUAACACCCUUUGGGUGGAACAGAAAUGCUAUAGGGCUGAUGAAAUAUACUCUAUACAGUAUGACUUCCCAUUGUAUGUUUUCCUGGCCUUGUUUGUCAUGCAGUGUAUAAUGCUGAUUUCAGUACAUGUUUGAAGUAUUUCUUUCGUUCCAUAUUUUUUUCUUCUGUAAGGAAUGCUUGGGAGUUUUUCCACCCUCCAGCCCUUGAGGACACAAGACUUUUUUUUUUCUUCCACCUUUCUGUAUCUUCCUUGCAUGCAGCAGCAGCAUAAGAGGGGAAUGCUGAAUGCCCCUCUACUCCAUUCAAUCACACCUCCCUACAGCCUGAGGUGAGCACCAACAGCCCACGCUGAGAAGGACCUUUGGAAGUUGUGUAGCUGUUGCUGGCACCAUCUCACAGAUUUCCAGCCAUGAUCCUGGUGUGGCCUGUGGUUUGGGAGCUGCGGUAAGCAGGUGAAUAUUUCUCUGUGGUUGCCCUUGAUUGCCCUUACUAAUGGCCAGGCCAGACCAGGCCAUGUGUACCAGUACUGUGGGAUCUGUGCCUUACCAGCCUGCCUGUUCUUUAAUUGUUGGCUUUCUAGCCUGUCUCGGAGUCUCCUCCUUCCUGCAGGCACCUGAGCAAGUGAGGUACAACCUUCCUUGGCUCUUGUGAGAUAUUUUUCUUGGUGACUCUCAGGAAGGACAUAGCACACUCACACAGACCUUGUUUGCUGCUGCUGCCAAAGUGUUGCUAAAGAGCAGGAAAAGUACUGGCUUUGUAGCAGUGUGGAUCAAGAAUUAUGGCCAGGGGGUGUGGAGCAGUGGGUAGGCUUUAAAUGGAAGAGAGCACAAGGCAGAGUUGGGAUGUUUGCAUUGUCCCUGUUUAGUAGUGUCAGUGUUUGUAGGGAGCAGAAGAGAGAGGCAACAUUAAUGCAUGACAAGAAAAGACCAGAAAGGGUAUCUGUUUUGCUGUCUCAUGAAUUUAUUCAUGAGUCUAACAAGUCUUUUUUAGGGGUUUCCUAUGCUUUCUUGCCUUGUAUCUCUACUUUACAACUCCAAGAGCUUCAGGGUUUUAUUUGGAACUCUUAACCCAUGCUCCUGUGACAACGAAUAUGCUCACUUUUCCUCACUUACUAAUGUUACUUUAAUUAAGUGUUUUGCUGUAGGUUCCAAUAAAGAUAACAUGCAUUUGCAUAAUUUGGGAUUGUCAGAAAGCAGGCGUGUUAAUUCUGCCUUGGCAGCAUCAGCAGUAAGGUUUUAUUUGUGCUUUUGGAAGAGGUGAAAUACACCCAGGCAGAGGUCUCUUGUAGGAUGCGGUUUGACACAGUUCAGAUGUCUGAAUUCAGUUAUGUGUGUUUCUCAAGUACUUCUGACAAGGUCACAUUAACAGGUUUUCUUUCUUACCCACAGAAAUAUCUCUGAAUAGGGUGACUUCCAAGCUAGGUUUGCUCAGAGUCCAUACACGCAAAAUACUAUGUGAAGGUAGAGUCCAAGUUGUGAUCAAGGGACAGAAUUUUGCUUUUAAAUGCUGGUCCUCAGAAUAAGAUCAUGUUUCUUUGUAUCCCUGAACAGUCUUGGCACGUGGACAAAUACAGAACUCAGUUCCCUGAAUCCUAAAAUUAGUGUAUGGUCUCAUUUCAGCAUGUGUUUGGUCACACAGAGUGAUUGAUGCUUUUCUGAUGUGCACCAGCGUUAGGAAGCAAAGGGAAUGCUUUAAAAGAUUAUCAGCAAAGCACAGAUACCAGAUUAUUAUUACUAUUAUUAUUUUAAAUAUUGUCAGUUCUCUGCUCACAGAGGAAAGAAAAAUAGAUUCCAUGCAAUAUUCUGCACAAGUCUUCUAGGAAACAGAUGUUUUAUCAUACCUCUGUGGAAAGGCUGUGACCUAUGUCGCAAAUACACCUCCAAGUGCCUUACCUCACCUUGCCUUCUCACAGCUGUACUUCCAUAUCCAGAUUCUUACUUUGUGAUAGGAAAAGAAAGGUUGAUUUCUCCGUUGAUUUAUUUUUUCAAUCGUACAUUUGUUUUGCUUUCAUAGAGAUAAGUUAAAAACUGUGCUUGUUGUAGGCAUACAGCAGUCUGUAGUCUAGGGAUAACCUUUGUGACUUCUCAGCUAUCCAGAUGCUGUCAGACAGAGCAAAACGGAAGGGAAUAGAACAUUUUGUGCUGUUCAGACUUACUACAUGCUCUACUGUUGCUUUCACUUUCUUUCUACAACUACCCUAAUUCUCCUGAGGAGCUCUUCAUUCUCAAAGGUUAUGCUUUCUAUAUGUCAGUAGUGUCAUUUCCUUGUUAUCUAGUAUCAAGGAAAUUACUAGUAUGUCUUAGCAUACAGUAGGGAGGGCUACAAGCUGUUUGUAGAACAUUGCCAAUGAAAAUAUUUAAAGCUGUGAGGAUAGAUAGAAUGUAACCCAGCUGUCAUUUACAGCUUUUCUAAUAUUUCUGAAAAGGGAAAUAUCUCUUGAGAAUAACUAAUCCUUUACAAAUAUCUCUUUAAAAACAAACAAGUGCUAUAGGCGUCCUUCUAAAGAGUCUUACAUAAAGAAUGUUAAGAAAACACAUCUUGCAGAGAAGCACGGAGCUGAAAUUCAAUAGAACAUUAUGUUUUGAGGAAGCUGUAGUGACAGCUACUUGCUCAAUGCUCUUUGUAUCACUGCUCAUAAGAGCACUUACACCUGUGCUUCGGUUUUGUACACUGUUGUGCCUCUUUUCCUUCAGCUGUCUUUCUUGAGAGGUUGGCUUGUAUGCUUGACCCUAGUUACAAUUCCCAUGUAGAAAUUUUCCAAUGCUUUGUAUAGAAGCUGUGUUGUUGGCUGGCUGUUCUGGCUGUUCUGUGUUUGUAGCUGGGUUGUGCUGUCCAGACUGCAGCAGCUUGUGUUAUCUUUCUUCCAUAACUCUUUCUCUCUGAGUUGCAUCUGUGGGAUUCAGACAGUUUAUGGCUUAUCAGAGAGGAGGUUCUGCUGUGUUUUCAUGGUAUCUAAUUGCAAAAAGAAGAAGUCGGAGCUGACUGCAGAACUAGCACAAACCUUCAAAAGUGGUCAAACUACUAUUAUUGUACUACUGCAGUAUUAGUGCUACAGUACUAUUAUACAUUACUAUUCUACUAUUAUCGUUGUGAAGUGCUACUGUACUAUUAUUAUUCCCCACAGACUUACGUCACUGAGUGAAGGGUAAUGGCUGUUCUGAAAUAAUGUCAGUCAAUAUGUUCCAGCUCCCACAGCUAAGUCAACAGCCCCUGGCUGUGGCUCUCUUUAAGAAAGAUGUAGUUGAUGAAAAUGCAGCAAGAAAAGGGAAAUUAUAUUAACAGAGCUAUCAAACUUAAUAUGUUUCUAAGAUGUAUGGUUACAAACUGUGGUUCUUGUUGAUGUGCUUUCUUGUUAAGAAUGGCAAGCGUUGACAAAGUGAAUUCCCAGUAGGUAGGCCUACUUUCAUGUUUAAAUGAUUCCUCCUUUUCUUGUAGGAUAGAAAAAUGUUUUCCUGGGUCCCAUCUGCAUUAGCUGUUGAUUGUGUUUCUUGGCUUUUAUUCCUCCCUUCCCCCUACCACAGGACAAUUAUAAACUAGAAGAAAAAACAGACCAAAAUUAUUCUCAGUGUCAUGCCAGAAAGCUUGACUUCAGCAUGGUUCUCUGGAAAUGCUGAGCAUUUUCCUGAGCUCUCCCUAGAGGGCUGGAGGUCACUACAGCCCAAGUUUGAAGCUGUGGUCUAAAAGCAUAUUAGCAGUUGUGGAUUCUGGGGAUGCCACCUGUCCUCUCCAGCUGCUCUCAUGCUGGAGUGCACUUCCCUCUCUGCUGGAUGGGAGCAUUGGUUGAGCUUCAGCCGAAUGAACAAACCUUACAGAAAGAGGUGUUGCUUGCAACCCUGAUAUUUUCCUUAUCGUGUUCACAGAGCCACCUGGGUGAGAAAAACCUUGGCUCAUGAUGAGAUUGAGAUGGAGCCAAAGGCAGUCUCAGAGCACAAAAUACGUGCACCUACAUGUAGCUGUGACUCCAGGAGUAGAUGUUGUUGACGUAUGGCUGCCAAAAAAGCACUGCAUUUUAGCGUCGUUAUGGUCCGUGCUGUCCCAAGGCAGAAGGGUCCGGGAGUGUUUUCUGAAAACGUCAGGCUUUAUUUUCUUCAGCUCGUGGUCAUUGAGGAGCGCAGGAUAAACAGAUCUUGGAAGCCACUCCUCCCUUCUCACAAGCCAAACUGCUUUUCUGCUUAGCGCUGAGGAAUGGUGCAGGUGAUGGAUGUGAAGAUCAAAGGUGACAAGAAUAGCAGAGCAGAGAAGUUAAAAAUGAUGCAGAGAAUGCAGUUGUGAAGAACAAAGGAGAGAGGAAGGAGCUGAGCCUGGUGUAGUGGGGGAGAGAAGAAGAAGCCUAAAUGCAACUCCUUCCAGCGCAGGUAACAAUGCCUGUCGAAAGAAUGCGGAUGCGCCCAUGGCUGGAAGAACAAAUAAAUUCUAACACAAUACCAGGGCUGAAAUGGCUAAAUAAGGAGAAGAAGAUUUUUCAGAUUCCCUGGAUGCAUGCUGCAAGACAUGGGUGGGAUGUUGAAAAAGAUGCUCCCUUAUUUAGAAACUGGGCAAUUCACACAGGAAAAUACCAGUCAGGAGUAGAUAAACCCGACCCAAAGACAUGGAAGGCAAACUUCCGGUGUGCUAUGAACUCUCUGCCUGAUAUAGAAGAAGUGAAGGACAAAAGUAUAAAGAAAGGAAACAAUGCCUUCAGGGUGUAUCGGAUGCUGCCGUUAUCUGAAAGACCUUCCAAAAAAGGAAAAAAAACGAAGUCUGAGAAGGAUGACAAGUUCAAACAAAUUAAGCAAGAGCCAGUUGAAUCAUCUUUUGGGAUUAAUGGGCUAAAUGAUGUUACUUCUGACUAUUUCCUGUCCUCCAGUAUAAAAAAUGAAGUUGACAGUACAGUGAACAUUGUAGUUGUAGGACAGCCACACCUUGAUGGCAGCAGCGAGGAGCAGGUGAUAGUUGCCAAUCCUCCAGAUGUUUGCCAGGUAGUAGAGGUGACAACAGAAAGUGAUGAACAGCCUCUCAGCAUGAGCCAGUUGUACCCCCUACAGAUCUCCCCUGUCUCGUCCUACGCAGAAAGUGAAACGACCGACAGCGUUCCAAGCGAUGAAGAAAAUGCAGAGGGACGACUUCAUUGGCAGAAGAAAAACAUUGAAGGCAAACAAUAUCUCAGCAAUCUGGGAAUGCGGAACACUUCUCAUAUGCUUCCCAGCAUGGCUACAUUUGUAGCCAACAAGCCUGAUCUCCAGGUCACCAUCAAAGAAGAAAGCUGCCCGCUGCCUUACAACAGCUCCUGGCCCCCUUUCCCAGACAUCCCUCUGCCACAAGUAGUGUCCACAGCCUCCACUAGCAGCAGCCGGCCAGACCGCGAGACACGGGCUAGCGUCAUCAAGAAAACCUCAGACAUCACCCAGUCAAGAGUCAAGAGCUGCUAAGCCUUUGACAGUGUGUUUUUUAGCUUUGUUUUGUUUGGUUUUGUAUUUUACGUUUCUCUAGGAGAGGUUCAUCCCUUGACGCACAUUAGACAAAUCUAAGGUAAAGAAAGCCUUGGCAAUAUAAAACAUUGCUGUGUCUGACUCCAGUGCCGGAGUGUUUUUAACUCAGGACUCCAGCCGUCAGUGUGUACAUCUGAACCCAGGUGGACUUGCAGGGUUGCUACGUAGGAAAAUAAAACAAGAACUUUGGCCCACUUGCAGGUUCCAGUGUUUCAUAAGAGGACCAACUGACCACAAGGGAAGUGGUGCUGCUGCGCUUCUUGCUGUCAAGGCUGUGAUGGAACUGAAAGCCUCAGAAUGGAAGAGAAAAUGUGAACUAGCUGGAAUAUUUUUAAAUAAGAAAAAAUCUAUUGUGAAUAUUGUACAUAGUGCAGUACUAGCAACGUUGCAGUCUGCUUCUGCACCUUAUUAAGAAAGCACUUACAAAAGGCCUUUUAUUACCUUGCUCUACUUAAUGGCACAUUGAAGGUCCCUCCCCACCUGUAUUCUUUUCCAAGGCUAUUCUUGCUAAAGUGUCUUUAAAGAAUAGUGGAAAGGAAAGAAAGUUAAAACUUCCCAUGUGGAUUUCAUACAUUUUAAGACUGCUUUUCUUGUGUUUGUUUUCUAAUCUGCUAUGCUUGAAUGCCGCGUGGUACAAUAGGGAAAAAAAAAAAAAAAAAAACUAUUACAGAGAUGUUAUGCAAAUUCCCAGAUUUAAAAAAAAAAGAAUACUCUAAUUCUAACCAGAGCAAGCUUUUUUAUUUUUUAUACAGGGGAAUAUUUUAUUCAAAAUAAAAUUCUAAAGUGAAUAUAAUUUUUUUUAAUCUUUUCUACAGCAAAUUUAUAAUUUUAAGAUUCAAUCCUUGGUUAUCAGCAGUUAUUACAUCCUUGUGGCACAUUUUUUUUUAAUUUUGUAAAGGUGAAAUAGCUUUUAUGAGCUCAUGUAGCAAUCAGAUUAUCCUGUGGAUUGAUAAUAAAUAUGGUAUAUAGUUAAAUUUUUAAUAA